UGUUGUGAAAUGCGUAAAUGCACAUCCUUUUACUGCAACGCUGUUUAUUGCCCAGAACCACUUAACUUCCACUUGACUUGAAAAAAGGGUUCAAAGGUUUUUCCUCAUCUAAGGUUGCUCAUGUAAGUCAUUGACAUUUCUCUGAUCUGCAGUUCACGGAACAAGCAGCCAUGCCAGCCACCACAGAGCAAUACACACACAACUUAAGUAGCAGGGAGCGAUGUCCAAAGGCUGAUGAUCUGGAAAGUUUGGAACAUUUGGUGCAAUCAGGGGAAGAAACACCUGAGCCCAUUCCUACUACCAUCAAAGGAUCUAUUCCAACUUGGAUCAAUGGAAGUUUCCUGAGAAAUGGCCCUGGGAAAUUUGAAUUUGGAGAAGACAAAUACAUACACUGGUUUGACGGCAUGGCCAUGAUGCACAGGUUUCACAUCCGUGACGGCUCAGUCACUUACAGCAGCCGUUUUCUAAGAAGUGACUCAUAUGUACAGAACUUGGAAAAGAACCGCAUCGUGGUCUCAGAGUUUGGAACGGUAGCAUCCCCUGACCCCUGCCAGAGCAUCUUUGCCCGCUUCUUUUCAUACUUUCAGACUCCACAGCCCACAGAUAAUGCCAAUGUAAACUUUGUCAAGUACAAGGGGGACUAUUAUGUCAGCACAGAGACAAACUAUAUGAGAAGAGUGGAUCCACAAAGCCUGGAAACAAAGGAGAAGGUGGACUGGAGUCAGUACAUCGCUGUCAACUCAGCGACAGCUCACCCCCACUAUGACCGUGAGGGGGCCACAUACAACAUGGGGAAUUCCUAUGGGAGAAAUGGUUUUUUCUACAACAUCAUACGUGUUCCUCCGCCUGAGGAUAAGUCAGCAGUGGAGGACUCUGCAGACCUGAGAGGAGCUGAAGUAAUAUGCUCAAUUCCUGCAGAUGAACCCAGAAAACCCUCUUAUUAUCACAGCUUUGUCAUGUCGGAGAACUACAUUGUGUUCAUUGAGCAGCCCAUCAAGUUGAACUUGCUGAAGUUCAUGCUGUACAAGAUACAAGGCAAGAGCUUUCACAACAUCCUGUCCUGGGAGCCUCAGUACGGCACUGUCUUCCACCUGGUGCACAGGCGCACAGGAAAGAAAAGCCCCGUGAAAUACCGGGCAGCACCAAUGUUUACAUUACAUCAGAUCAAUGCCUAUGAAGACAAUGGGUUCUUGGUAAUGGACAUGUGCUGUGGGGACGAUGGGGUGGUCAUCGGAGAGUUCACGCUGGAGAAUCUGCGGCGUGAAUCAGGACAGGCAAUGGAUGAGUUCUACAACUCCUUGUGCCGAAACCUCCCAAGGAGAUAUGUCCUGCCUCUGAAUGUGGAUGAAAACACUCCUUUGGACGAAAAUCUCAUCACUCUGCAUGACUGUAAAGCCACUGCAAUGAAGACAAACCCCGAGGAGGUGUACAUGACACACGAGGAGCUUCACGACGACCAGCUUCUGCAGUAUGGCGGCCUGGAAUUCCCUCAAAUCAAUUAUGCCAAAUACAACGGCAGGCCUUACCGCUACAUGUACGCAUGUGGCUUUGGACACGUUUUCGCCGACUCUCUGCUCAAGAUGGACGUCCACACCAAGGAGCUUAAGGUGUGGCGUUAUCCUGGCUUGUACCCGUCUGAGCCUGUCUUUGUUGCUUCGCCUGGAGCUGCAGAGGAAGAUGAUGGAGUGGUUUUGUCAGUCGUUGUCACUCCUAGAAAGGAGAAAAGCACUUUUCUACUCAUUCUGGAUGCCAGGACCUUCACUGAGCUGGGCAGAGCUGAGGUCCCUGUCAACAUCCCAUGUGGCACCCAUGGAGUAUUUAACGAGAUGGGCUGACCAACACCCAGCCAUUUUAUCCACUGGUUGCCAUUACUUGUAACAUCUCCCCCCUUGUCAUAUAAAGCUGAGAAUAUGAUUUAAGAGUUGGAAAAAACUGCAGAGUUGUUUUUUUCUAUGCCUCUUGUGUAGCAGUUGAUAGAUUUCUUUAGUGGAUGCAGGCUUUUUUUUGUGGCAAAAAUAAGACUUGUUGAGCCUCACAAACAAAAAUCUCAUCACUGCAUCACUGCCAAAAGUUUUUACUACAGUGCCUUGGAUAAAACAUGUGUUUAGGCUGCAGGUUGAUUGUAAACUCUUUGAAAUACUUUUAUGUUAGGCGAAAAGCUGCGUUUUAAAAUCAAUAAACACAUUAAAUAAAAUGUAUUUUCCCUUUUC